UCUCUGGAGAUUAAGAGGGCGGCAAUGGAAGAGGGCAAGACGGCGCGCGAGAAGAUGGCCGGCGCCGACGUCGUCUCCUCCUGCGGGAGCAUCAACAUGCGCCUUGUCGACCACCUCCCUCUCCCGCUUCCGAUCCCCUGCGUCGCGGAGCCCACCGCCGCCUCCCGGGUCUCGCCGGGCUCCUCCCCGGCCCGCUCCGAGGCAUCCGAGGGCGCCGGGUUCUACGCCGCCGACACCGAGCCCGAGCCGCAGGCGUCCGCCGGGAGGAGCACGCAGAUGCUGCUCGCCAUGGCCGCCAUGGGGGGCCGCGGGGGCCCCUACGGCCGCCGCCCGGCGUCGUCCUACGGCAGCUGCGCCGCGUGGAGCGCCGGGUCGCUCACCAACCACCGCCCCGCCUCGCCGUCCCCAAUCUGCAGCCCCGUGAGCAGCAAUGGAGGGGACGGCGGCGAGCGCCGCAACGGUGAUGACGCCUCCUUCGUCACGCCGCGACUGGAAGAAGACCAGGAAAGGCUGCCAAACAGAGGAGAUUUCAUAAAGCCGUGUACCACUCCACGUCAAAUCAGACUGCAAACGCCCCGGCACCCUUCUUUGAUGGAUAGGAGAUUUGAGAGAACUAAUCCAGUGCCACCAAGAUUCAUCCACAAAGCCACGCCAGCUAGAUCAAUGCGCCGAGCUCACUCCUCACAUAACUACCGUAGACGUUUGGGGGCAAUGAAUGCUAUCAAUGAGUGGAGAUUGCCCAAAGUCAGUGAAGAAGAGGAUGAAGCAGUGGAUCAAACGGAUUGGCAAGCCGAUACUCUGUCUUCUCGUAUAUCCUCAGCUCGUGAUUGGAACUUUGAGCCUGGUGGUACCUAUGAGGGAAGCAAUCAUAGUGAUUCAGAUGGCGAAAAUAACCCAGUUUCAGUGCAAAGAAUGGGGAGAUGGCUCCAGGAUUCUGCGGUAAAACCUAAGGGAAAUUAUGUCCAUGCCAAGUUGGUUGCCUGGAAGGAUGCAGAGAUUGAGAAGCUCGUAGACAAGCUGAGAAGGAAAGAGGCCGACAUCAAUGACUGGCAGAUGAAAAAGGUUACACAGGCAAAAGAGAAGAUGAAAAGAAUCGAGAUCAAGUUGGAGAAGAAGAGAGAGAAAGCAGCAGAGAGGAUGCAAAAGGCAAUCAAAUAUGCACAAAAGACAGCUGAUAAGAAGAAACACAAGGAGACUGCAGCAACUGACAAUCAGAUAGCUCGUGUUGAGAACGAAGUGCGGAAGAUGUCUAGGACAGACAAGCUCCCCUGGUCACUGGCUUUUCUGUAAAUGAGGUCUUCACUUGUGGUAGAUCCAAGCAAGCCAAUUGCUGAAACCUUUUGCAGGGAUAUCAGCACGUCGAGGCUAAAAUGAGAUCAUGCUGUCAGAACUCAGAAGCAGCGUCAACUACUGAAAGAAGAUCAUUUGUUGUAUAUAUCAUGUUUCAGGCUUUAUACCUGAUUAGCAUCUGAAAGCGACUGUUCUUUAAACAUGAUAGGAACAAUCAGGAGCAUAUUAUAGUACUUCCCCUUGUUUUUUGGCUGCCAUUCCUUUUCUCAGAACAACAUUAUUUCCCUCGCGAAAAAAAAAGAACAACAUUAUUUCCAAAUUAGGAUUGGGAUGCACGCAUGUAUAGUGGAAACUGACAAGUUCCAAGUGUUGGCAUGAUCUGAUAAUCCCAUUGUAUUCAC